AUGAUUAAGAAUACUCUCAUCGCCGUCAUCGCAGUUCAGGGCGACUCGGAGCCCUGUGGAGCGAAUCAGGAUGAGCGAACAUUUUUGAACACUAUGAUAUUCAUCAGAGCCGUUCUUGAAAUUGUCGGAGAACUAGCCAGGCGAGAAGCCGCCUCCGGGGAAGUACGAACGUUUUCGCCUUCUCUGCCGAAAAUCGUUGCCGCCGUCUAUAUUCUGGGUGUGCUCGACCGGCCCCUGAUCAUUUUCUACAGAGACAUGAGAGUGGUACUUGUGCUAUUGGUCUGUGCCUUCGGUGUGUGGGGAGCGCCGACGACGCUCGCUCCAACCACAGUUCCCACAACGGAUAUCUCUCCGAAGAAGUCUUCAGAUUUGACUUCGGCGACGACAGAGUCGAAUGUGACAGCCAGAGCGACAUCGGUGGAUAAGAAAAUAUACCCAUACAGCAAUCAAGGAUUCGGUCUCCCCUAUUCUGGAUUCCAAAGCCCUCAGGGUGCCUUCGGUGAUGGGUACGGCUUGAGCCCGUCGUUCUCUCCUUUCCCGGGGAAUAUCUACGGACAAUACCCAACCGGUCAGAACGUUUUCCCGCAAGGACUCUACUCUCCGCAAAACCAGAAUCCCUUCUACAAUCAAGGUUCUGUGCAGCCCGCGCAAGUCCUAGGCCAGCCGGGUCAAUUUCCGGGCACUCAGGGGUUCCAGCAGAACCCGCUCCGACCGGGCCAGCAGGGUCAAUUGCCUCAAGGUCUUUUCACGCAGGGUCAAUUCCCUCAGGGCCCUUACCUGCAGGGACAAUACCCUCCGAAUCAGUUCCCUCAACAACAAAUCCCUCAACAAAACCCAUUCCCUCAAGGACGACCCGCGGCGCCGGCGGAUAACAAUAAUAACAGCAAUGGAGCCGCCACCCCCCAGAACCCAUCUGAUGCGGGUAACGAUAAUACGGGGGCCGAUGGAACACCGGCCGUUGCAGGUGGGGGUGAGAAGGAGCAGCAAGACGGUGGUCCGUCCGGCGCUCAGAACUCGAGCGAUCAGACCAACCGGCCAAACCCCAGUAGAGAUCCGGAACAGCUCCCAGGGCAAGGCGACGGCCCUGCGCAGCUGUAUCCAAACCAGCUUCAGAACCCCCAGGGACAGGGUCAAAUCCCGAGAAAUCCUCAAGGACCUUUCCCCCAAGGUGCGCAGAGCCCCCAGGGUGGCAUUUUCCCCCAGGGCGGGUUCCCUCCGGGUUUCCAAGCCGGAUACCCCCAAGGUCCUCAGGGCGGCUAUGCGUUAGGUCCGCACGGCGUCUUCCUGCCGAAUUCGCAAAACGGCUUCCAAGGGGCUCUCCCGCCGGGUUUUGAGCGACCCCCGGCGAGUCAAGGACCUUUCCCUGGGAACCAGAGUCCCGAGAACAAAACCCAGAUUCUGUCGAGCCUCCGACCACUCAGACCCGAGGAGUCCUUCCCAGAGAUGUUGCCGCCAACGGACCCAACCCGGAAAACCCCUUCCCAGCCGAUCAGACUCCGCAACCCAGUCAGGGGAGCGAGUUGCGAUCUCCACCACAAAAUUUGUAUAGCGAUCUUGCGCCUACCAGAGGGCCAACCUCAAGAGAAACCCGACUUUCAUUGGACGCUCCUAGACCCGCGUCUCGGAGACCAGAUCCCUGAAAUCAAAAUCGAAGACAAGAAUUCUCCCAAUGAGAAUACUUGCAACCCCAUGAGAGCCCGGGGUCCGAUUCGAACAAAAGCGGAUGCCGGCUAUCGAAUUCUCUCGGAGUGAAAAGCCUCAUUAUUAGGGGCGGUCAUCCGGCAGCAAGUGCUCAGGGAUCUCCCCAGGUAGAGAAUUUCGGAGUUUCAUAAUCCCGUCUAUCAACCGUGCCAGUGCUCGACCCAUCAAUGGAGUAAUGGAGUCAAGGAGACAGAGGGUUCGCAUGUGCCUUUCCGCACCCGAUUCAUGAAAGGCUCUAUGAAUAAAUAUUUACAGCGGCGAGCUAA